AUGAAGUCUGUCUUCGCUCCCCUCGCCGCUGUUCUUCUCGCUGCGACCAGCGCCGUCGCUCAGACGCUCACCGUCAAUACCCCCCUGAGCGUCGUCGUCUGCCAACCUCUCUUGAUCACCUGGACAGGAGGAACUCCCCCCUACUUCCUGCUCUCUUGGAAUGUCAACAUCACUGCCGGCACCUCCCUUGGUCUGACCCUCCGCGAUAGCACUGGCGCUAUUUCGCAGUCCGCUCCUUUCACCGUCCAGAGUGGUUCCGACACCAGCUGCCUCAACGGCGGUUCUACCACCACCACCACUGGCGGCGCUGGAGGAUCCACCACUUCCGGCACUACCACUGGCACCACCACCACUGCUGCUCCCACCACGACUCGCGCCACAACCACCAACGGUGCCGCCACUACGGGUACCAGCACUAGCCCCCCAACCACCACUUCUGGCACCGGAGCCCCAGCGCAAUCGACUGACGCGGCCUACAACGUUGUUGCGAAGACUGGUCUUGCGGGUGCCAUUGGUGCCAUAUUAGUCGCUCUACUAGCCUAA